AUGCGGGAGAUUCUGAGGCGGCACGAUAAAGUCACUCCGCUGGAGAAGAAAGAGAAGGGCGGCCAGUGCUUCGUGAACGAUUACCGCGUUGUGCGCACGGUCAAGGAAGACAAACUCAGCAAGGUAAUUUUAUGCGAGCGGGGGGGAAACCUUUACGCGAUAAAAAAGUACCAAAAAAGGGCGCUACUGAAACAGAGGGAGUUUCACAAGAGCAGCCACUGCACCCAAGUGGUGGUGCGUUCCAAAUACGACGAUUUAAAAAACGAAUUAGAAAUUCUGGCAGACAUUAAAAAUGAUUACUGCCUGACCUGCGACGAAAUCAUAGCAAAUGAUGACGAAAUUUAUCUUGUGAAUAGUUACAUGGAGAAUGAGGGGAUACUCCAGUACGAUGGCAUUUUUUUUGUUCUACGGAAGGAGGAGCCAUGGUUUGUUCCCCUCCCUGUUGUUAAGUGUGUAGCUAAGAGUAUCUUAAAAUCGUUCGUGUACAUCCACACGGAGAAGAACAUAUGCCAUCGGGAUGUGAAGCCGUCGAACAUUUUUUGGAGCCGGGGCGGCGCCGUCAAGUUGGGCGACUUUGGCGAGUCCCAGUACAUGGCCAACGGGAUGAUACGCGGCACCAAGGUGAGGCAAGCCAGCGAACUAGGCACCUACGAAUUCAUGCCGCCCGAGUUCUUCUCCAGCGGGAAGAGCCACUCCGGAGAGAAGGCAGACAUAUGGAGCCUGGGCAUCUCCCUCUACGCCCUGUUCUACCGCGUUCUCCCGUUCGCCCAGAAGGAGUCCCUGCUUCAGCUAUUCCGAGACAUAGGCAGGAGCCACGUGCAGUAUCCCCUCGACAGAAAUUAUUUUUUAAAUGAGUACACGAAAAAACAGGUGCCUUCCUGUGGCCCCAGUUUGUUAAGCGCGGACGUCGAUUUUUUGAAGAGUCUUUUGAGGAGGGAUCCGGGGGAGAGACCCACGUCGGGAGCGGCGCUCAAACACGAAUGGCUAAAGGACGUGGACUACGCCUGUCUGGAGCAAUACGCAGAGGAAGUCUAUAACAACAGGGCGAAGUUAUAG